AUGUCGGAAACAACAGCAACUGAAACAACAGCAACUCAAACUCAAACCGUGUACCAAGAUACAGAACUCAUAAACACCGUUCGUGAAAAUACGAACGACCCUAAUAGUCGUACAAUUGUCAUUGCUCUCGAUCAUUCAGAACAUUCACACCAUGCAUUCAAUUGGGCAGUAAAGAACUUUCUUAGGAAAGAAUGUGAUAAGGUCGUUCUCGUAAACGUACGUCCAGUCCCGACUGUUCCGGGACCAUAUGGUGAGCCAGCCGCUAUUGGCGCAGCUUACAUGGACUUUAGCGAAGUAGUUAGUAGUCUCGAAGAUCAGUAUCGAUCAAACAGUCAUUCACUGUUGAAAGACUUUGCUGGCAAGUUAAAGACUCAGGGUUUUGAAUGUAAAGCAAUAGCUAUGCGGGGUGAUGCACGAGAUGAACUUGUUCGUAAAGUAGACGAACUCAAUGCAGAAGCACUUGUUAUUGGCUCUCGGGGUCUUGGUGUAUUCAAACGAACUAUUCUUGGCUCGGUUAGUGACUAUUGUAGUCAUCACUGUGACUGCACAGUCGUUAUUGUAAAGGACAAAGAAGCGCAUUAA